UGUCAUCUUAAAUAAACAGACGUAGACAGACAUGCAACACGUCACACACAUUACAUACAUAGUGCAAUAGACUUACAGACAGUAUUCACAUAGACAACCAUAUAGCACAAUACAACACAACACAACAUGAGCCUGGUUCAUUUUCAGUAAUGAGGCCCUGUACCCCAUUUACAGUUUCUACUUCAAUGUAUCAGGUGGAGUUAUUCACCAGCUAUAGAGUGAGUUGUUGGUGUUUCUAAGACUGCAGGGUGGGAGAUGCAACAAUGGCCUUGAGAACAGCAGGAAGUGUGUUGGUGGUCUUUCUCUGGUCUGUAGCAGUGGUACUGGGUCAGUAUGGCUGGAGUGUGACCUACACCAAGAAAGGUAUCUGUACCUUGAAGGGGUCAACAGUGGAUCUGGCCUGCUCUUACACAUAUCCCAGAGGUCAUACAGUCACAACAACCACAUGGUAUAAAUGGAAUAGUUGGAUCUGGACUCAAAUCCAAGAUAAAUAUGAGGAUCGUAUAGAGUACCGUGGGAAUAAGGAGAAUGACUGCACCCUGAGAAUCACAGACCUGAGAGAGGAGGAUUCAGCAUCAUAUUACUUCUCAUUUACAACAGGCUCAUGGAAAUCUGGCUCAGAUGUCACUCUCUCUGUCACAGACCUGCAGGUGAAGAUGACUCCUGGAACAGAGGAACAAAGGAGAACACUGACCUGUAUCACCACCUGUACUCUGACUGACAAGCCCACCUACAUUUGGUACAAGAACGGAGACAAAGUAAAGGAGGACUCUUCCAGCCUGUACUCAGACUACUUUAGUGAUGCAGACAGUUACUCCUGUGCUGUAAAAUACCAUGAGGAUCUCCUCUCUCCUGCAGUGUGUCAGAACUGUUGGAGUGUGACUUACACCCAUCAGAGUAUCUGUGUCUUGAAGGGGUCAACAGUGAACAUAUCCUGCUCUUACACAUAUCCCAGUUAUCAUGAGAUCAAAAAAGCUUUCUGGUUUACUAAAUGGUCUGGUAUGGAUGCUGAAGAUCUGAGCUCAGUGCCAGGGUAUGAGGGUCAUAUAGAGUACCUUGGGGAUAAGGAGAGUAACUGUACCCUGAGAAUCACAGACCUGAGAUUGAGUGACUCUGCUGGGUACAGGUUCAGAUUCAUAACAUCUGGAGGAAAGUUUUCUGGCUCACCUGUCUCCCUGACUGUCACAGAUGUUGUGUUGGAAAUGAAUCGUGGAUCUGUGUCAGAGGGGGAGAGAGUCACACUGAGAUGUCACACCAAAUGUACGCUGGACCCAAUCACAGCCUACAGUUGGUAUAAGAAUGGACAGCCUAUACCAAACAGCAACACCUACUCUCCUGUCUAUAUCCUAUUCUCAGUCAGCAGUGAGGAUACAGGCAGAUACUCCUGUGCUGUAAAAGGCCAUGAGGAUCUCCCCUCUGCUGAAGAGACUCUCACUGUCACAUAUGGACCAAGGAACACCUCAGUGUCAGUCAGUCCCUCUGGUGAAAUAGUGGAGGGCAGUUCAGUGACUCUGACCUGCAGCAGUGAUGCCAACCCACCUGUGGACAAAUACACCUGGUACAAGAAGAAUGUAGCCUCACCAAAAGCAUCAGGACAGAGUUACAGCAUCACUAACAUCAUCUCUGAGGACAGAGGAGAAUACUACUGUGAGGCCCAGAAUGGAAGAGGAUCUAUGAACUCUACAGCUCUGAUGAUCAUUAUAGCAGGGAAACAGGCCUCAGUUCUGACUGCAGCUGUAGGAAUCAUAGUGGUUGUUCUGGUUCUCAUCCUCUGUCUCUCUGGACUCAUGUGUUUCAGGAAGGCCUCCAAAUCCCCCUCUGACACAAGAGACACAGCAGAUGAUGGACAGGGAGACUCUAGUCCAGUGUAUGACAACAUCUCAAGCGUGGCCAUGAGCCCUACAGACAACCAGGAUGACAUUCACUACACCAGCGUCCACUUCUCUCACUCCAAAAAACCAGGAAGCGCCUCUGUACUCCACCAUCCAACUGCCUCAACCCAAGAAACAGGAAGAAGAUGUCCAGUACUCUGCUCUGAAAUUCAACCUCCCCACUGCUGCCACCUGACCCGCAGCAGCACAAGCAGCCGAGGAGGACCCCUCUGUGCUCUACAGUACAGUAAACAUACCCAGAACCAAGAAGACCUGAACAUAACAUACCCAGAACCAAGAAGGCCUGAACACAGCAAACCCAGAACCAAGAAGGCCUGAACACAGCAAACCCAGAACCAAGAAGGCCUGAACACAACAUACCCAGAACCAAGAAGGCCUGAACACAACAAACCCAGAACCAAGAAGGCCUGAACACAACAUACCCAGAACCAAGAAGGCCUGAACGCAACAUACCAAGAAGGCCUGAACACAACAUACCAAGAAGGCCUGAACACAACAUACCCAGGAGUCCUGAACACAACAUACCCAGAAGGCCUGAACACAACAUAACCAGAAGGCCUGAACACAACAUAACCAGAAGGCCUGAACACAACAUACCCAGAAGGCCUAAACACAACAUACCCAGAAGGCCUAAACACAACAUAACCAGAAGGCCUAAACACAACAUACCCAGAAGGCCUGAACACAACAAACCCAGAAGGCCUGAACUCAACAAGUUAAACCAAAACCUUGUACACUAUAUAUAAAAAUGUAUGUGGACACCCCCUUCAUAUUAGUGGAUUUGGCUAUUUCAGCCACACCGGUUGAAUUGAAGACACAGCCAUGCAAUCUCCAUAGACAAUUGGCAGUAGAAUUGCCUUAAUUAAGAGCUCAGUGACUUUCGACGUGGUACCGUCAUAGGAUGCCACCUUUACAACAAGUCACAUUUCUGCCCGUCAACUGUAAGUGCUGUUAUUGUGAAGUGUAAACUACUACGAGAAACAAUGACUCAGCCGUGAAAUGGUGGGCCACACAAGCUCACAGAACGGGGCCGCUGAGAGCUGAAGCAGGUAGUCCGUAAAAAUCAUCUGUCCUCGGUUGCAACACUCAGCACAAUAACGGUUCUUUGGGAGCUUCAUGAAGUGGGUUUCAAUGGCCGAGCAGCCCCACACAAGCCUAAGAUCACCAUGUGCAAUACCAAGCGUCGGCUGGAGUGAUGUAAAGCUCGCCGCCAUUGGACUCUGGAGCAGUGGAAACACAUUCUCUGGAGUGAUGAAUCACUCUUCACCAUCUGACAGUCCCACGGACGAAUCUGGGUUUG